AUGACAGAUCAACGCGCAGAGUGGGGAGAAAGUACCAGUGACGAAGAAGAAGUAUUUGCAACCCAUAAUCAUUUAGCUGCCGUAAGUAGUAGUCAGAAGCCCUCAGGUACCAUUGAUGAAGAUGAAUUCGUCCGUGAAACUCAUCAAUAUUUAAGUGCCAGUGUUAGUCCAGAGCUUUCAGAUACCAGUACUACUGAAGAUAACUAUGAAGAUGAUACAGACGCCAGCUCUGAAGAGGCCGAGAAAGGGACUGAAUCAGAAGAAAGCAUGAACAAUAAUAAUAUAAACAGCGGAAGAAAACGAAAGAUAAAAUUAGAUAAAGACGAAUGGAUAAGAAACAAAAAUAAAAGGCUAAGAAUGCAAGGCAAGGCUUAUUUAGGAUUUAAGAAAAAGAAUGGAGAAAAGAUCAAGCAAAAUCAACCAAGAAAAGCAAGAUCGUUGAAGGAGACUUGUAAUUCAAGCAAAAUCUAA